AUGGUGCUCCUCAACGGCGUCAAGUACGCCUGUGAACGAUGUAUCCGCGGCCACAGAGUCAGUUCGUGUACUCACACAGAUAAACCUCUUACCAUGAUCAAACCCAAGGGCCGGCCCGCGUCGCAGUGUCCACAUUGUCGCGAGCAGCGCAAGUUGAAAAACACCCAUUCGUCGUGCAACUGUGGAAAGAAGGGGAAGGCGCCGGGGACUCAUCUAGCAUCCUGUCUUUGUCAUAAAAACUCACACUGUACAUGUCCUGGUAAGGAUAAAAAGUCGCAAACCAAGAAGAGGACCGAUGCCUCGCCUUCUGCGUCUGCAGAGCCUGUGUCUGUAGCCCCUUCUUCGGUGACUUCGGUUGCUUCUACCACGACUCCUCCAAAUGGCCACUUUUCCAGUGCGCCGCCUCCAAACGGAACGUAUAGCGGCGUCUCUGUGACUCCGCAAGCGGCAACCUCGAACUCCGGGCCGGACUUCUUGUAUGACGACAUGAGCGCGCAUCUCGAGUCAGAACAAGGUCUUUUGGACUACUUCAUCAAGCUGGAAGACCUCGACGGCGCUAAGAUUGUGCCUGGCAUUCCGGGAAUCACCGACGAGCUGCGCGCAAACCUGUCGUUGGACUCUGUUCCCCUUCUGCAAGAGGGACGGGCGGGACCUGCGGCGCCCUUUGCGAACAUGAACUUCAUGACCAAUUCGCCGUCCGACGCGGAGCUCGACGCCAUGGAAAACAUGUUUCCAUUGUUCCCGCUCGUGGGCUCCACCUCUUUCGAUGACGACAAGUCGUUGCCCUUGCUGCCGAUUCCAGACAGGCCCUUUGAUAGUCUUCCGCACGAAACUACCCACAAGAAAACUCUGGAUACGAAACCGCACUACCCCAUAUAUCCGCCCCGGCUGCAACUGCUCCAUGGAAUCACGUAUCACAACCAGCAUCACACGCAAUCCCACAACCACAGUCAACCUCAUAGCCAGGGCCAACACCAAAACCUCAGUCAGCCUCCAACGCAGAGCCACAUUCAGAGCCAGAACCAAGUUCAAAACCAGGCUCACAACCAGGGUCCAUCUCAGAAUCACAACGCUUCGGGUCUAGGGUUGGUUUCUCUAGCGCCAGCGCCAUCCCAAGCUCCGGCACCAGCUACAGCACCAGCAUUCAAUGUCAACUCUAGGGUCAAUCUGCAGUUGCAUAUCAGUACUUUGGGGUCCUACAAUGGGCAUCAUAAUGGUGGGCCUGGAACUCCCAUCUCCACGCAACAUCCACAUCCACUCAAACCGAGCUCAUCGUUCACUAUUGGCUACAAUCUGAAUCCGAAAUUGAGGCGACCAGAGAGUGUGUUGUCAUUAGCAUCAACAUCUUCAAAUACUAGCAAACAAAAUCUAUUUGAGACGCCGCAAAUGAAUCAACAUACGUUCCUGAAGACACCCAGCUCUGCCGCAUUCCCUCCAUUCCUGUUAUCAGGCAAUAACUCCACCGACGAAUUCAACUUUCCUUCAUACAACUCUCUGUCGGCAGUGCUCAAUGACAGCAACCUGAUGAUGUUUCUCAGUGACGAGGAUAGUGGCAGUCAUAAUACUAGCUUCAGAGGCAACGGAAUCUAUGGAAACGGAAUGGUGGCCGUUCCCAGCAAUGUCGACUCGGCAGUUCCACCACCCAGGGCGCUGCUGUUGCGCCGAACAUCGUCGCUUUCCCGGUCGCACUCCCAGGCUCAUUCCAACAUGGUCUCCAAAGACCAUCCUCAACAUCUGCACUUGCCGCAGCUCAAGACUUCCAUAUACCACGACAGUUCGCCGCGACUGGCGCCCGUGAGAACACCGGCUUCCGCCUCGGAACGGACGUUCUACAAGCCGCCCUCCAUUGGGUCGUUUGUGCCAGAAGAGGACGAAGAAUUUGGAUUGUCAAUGGGUAACGACAAUGGUUUGCAGCCAGACAGCUACAUCUCCGACUCUCAGCGGUCCAACUUCGACAGCGACAGCAUGCCGCUCGAAUUGCAGGACUUGAAAUCGAUCCCGAUGUACCAGGAUCUUUUCGAGGGGAUGGACAAGCAUGUUUAA